AUGAUGCGAAUCUGUCUUCCCACAGCGUUCCUGCGUCUCGCGGACGAGCAGGAGUCGGAAACCCACGGAGGCUCACUCGCUUCGCCAGAGCGCCUCGUUGACCCCUCCCACUCGCUUCCCCAGGACGCCGAUCUCUCUUGUCCUCGAAGCUCCGAAUUCCCUGCCUUGGCGGCACCAGCGCCGUUCAAAGACACGCUUCCAUCAUCAAGACACGGGUCACCGCGCAGCGGACGUGAUCUGCGGACUGCUGCUGGGCGAAAUGCUGCUAGCUGGGCUGAACGCGCGUCUCUGGAAGCAGGCCGAGCAUCUCUGGACGCGCACCAGCAGGGAAUGAGCCGCCUGCCACCGCGCCCCGGCGGGCGAUUCUCCCUGGAGGAAUCUUGCUGCGGCCGCUCCUACCGCUGCGACACCAUGUGCUUUCGAGGCCUGGAGGCGUUUCCGGGGGAACCCACACGACGGUCCGAUGCCGCCACCGCCGCCGCCGCCUCUCCUCGACCUUCUGCGCCCAAGCAGCCGCUGGAGAGGAACUCAUCGCGCGGCAUUCCGCGGGUCAUGAGCGACGUUGAUCCGAUCUCGGCGCGUCGCUCUGACCCGGUUCACAUUCGUGGCGAAUCUGAUGGUUGUUUUCUAUCCCGGGGCAGGACUUGGGGCUCUGCGCGGGACACUUCUUGCAGCCACUCCGCCAGUUUUGCCAAUUUGGGCUCUUUGAACAACACGGGCAGUUUCUCGGAGUCGCGUGAUUCGAAUCAACCCCGUGCGUCAGGUUUGAGCCACAACACUCGCCUGCACAGCAGCCACAGGCACUCCCUAGGGGCGUCUCUCUCGGAUCUUGCUCUGAUUGAGGAGGCCCUGGGAUUCUCACAGCCAGACAGCCUCCAUGCUACAGACGCCAUGAGAUCAGAGGGCCGUUCUGACCCGGGUCACAUUUGUGGGGAUUCGCUCUGUGGGGGGUGUUCUUGGCGUGCUGCUGAGCUGGCGUGCAGCCCGAUGUGGGUGGAUAGUGCCAGGUCACGGAUUCAGGAGGCUGCACUGGCUGUGGUGGAGGCCCAGCAGGCAGCUGUGGAGCUGAGUGCACGGAUUGAUGAGGCAGAAGGACGUUCGACAGGAGGGCUUGCAUCGAGAAGCCUACCAGGAUUGUCCUCCUUUCCUGUGACUAGGAGGAGCUUUGAUGGUGUGGCAAGCCUGCGACAUCACAACUUGAAAUGCGACACUCCUGGGAGAGGCGACGGCGUUGCCGGGGCGCGAGUCUCCAGCCUCCCGUCGCGCAUGUCGUAUGCCACCGACAUUAGCCUGCUUUCCCGCCGCUCUGACGAUUUAAGCUCGCGACAGCAACGGCCGUGUUCCCGUCGCACGUCGUCGUGCAGCGACAUCAGCAUCCUGUCGUCCGCGUCGUCUGUAUACUCGCACGACGACGCGAACCGGACGUUGAUGUGCGUGGGAUGCUCGAGGUUAGACGCUGAGCUGGCUUGUGACCCGUUGUGGAUUGACAGCGCACGUGCGAGAAUUGGAGGCGCGGCAUUGGCUGUCGUGGAGGCGCAACAGGCAGCGGAAGAGCUGAGCGCGCGGGUAGAGAUGGGCGCAACUCUCCCUACGCGGGGUCUAGAAACGCCUGUGGACCCCCGCCAGCUUUGCAUGAGUGAGUAUCCUCCUCCCCCGAUGCAAUACCCCCCUCCGCCCCCUCAAUUUCCCCCUGCUGCCCCCGGUGGUUCGUACAACGGAGUUUACUCGGGAUAUGGGGAUGCCAAUGCAGCUGACGCUGCAGCAGCAGCGGGAGCAGCGGCCGCGGCGGCGGCGUCAGCUGGAGCGGCGGCAGCAGGCGGAUUUCCCCCACAGCACGCGCACGAGCAGCACUACCCGCGCCUGCCCCCGCCGCCGCCCGCUCCGCCGCUCCUCUCCGCCCCGCCUCCCGCGCACGCGCCCGUUCUCCCCCCUCCGCCCGCGCAGCCGCCGCAGUACCCCCCACCCGCAACACCAGCAUCAGGGGCGGCGGCGGGAGCAGCAGCAGCAGCGUACGUGCCGCCAGCCAAUCAGGCAGCGGAUAUGUCAGUGCUGUCACCAGCGGUGCUGGCGGCGGCACAGGCGGCAGCAGCGUCUGCAGGGAUGUAUUUUGAUCCGGCCGUUUAUGAUGUGGGUGGGGGUGGUUCUGUCACUCCCGGUGCUAAGCCAAAGAAGUCCCUCCCCUCGUGGCUUGUGGACGAGGUAGUCAAGAAGAAGGCAGCCCUCGCAGCAGCGGCAGGAGCCGCAGACUCGCCCGCCAAAGUCCCCUCCAAGGACAAGUGGUACAACGAUAGAGGCCCUCUCGCUGGCACUGGUGCUGGCGGUGGUGGCUCUACUCGUGGUGCUUCAGGUCGUGCUGGUGGUCGUGGAAGAGCGGGAGUGGAGGAGGAGGAGGACGAGGAGGAGGAGGAAGCGGAGGUGCAGAGGAGAAUGGCGAUGAACAACGAGAUCAAACGCGUGCUGACUGAAGUGCUGCUCAAGGUGGGUGGGAUGUUGAGAGGGGUCGCACGGGAGUCACAGGCAAUCAUAUCUUGGACGCCAGUGGAUGCUGCUGAGUGGCCUGUGGAAUGCGCUGACUCGCAUGCUGAAUUGGCCUGUAUUUCGUCUCUGCCGCCCGGCGCCCGCCCCACCCUCUCCCCCUUGUCCCACGCUUUCCCUCUUCCCCUACCCUCUCCCCUUUGUCCCACGCUUUCCCUACCGCCCCACCCUCUCCCCUUUGUCUUACGCUUUCCCUACCGCCCCACCCUCUCCCCUUUGUCUUACGCUUUCCCUACCGCCCCACCCUCUCCCCUUUGUCUUACGCUUUCCCUACCGCCCCACCCUCUCCCCUUUUGUCCUGCGCGUUCCCUCCCGCCUAACCCUCUCCCCACUGUCCCACGCUUUUCCUCCCCACCCUCUCCCUCUUGUCCUGUGCUUUCUCUCCUGCCCCACCCUCUUCCCCUUGUCCCACGCUUUCUCUUCCUCCUAACCCUCUCCCAUUUUCCCGCCCUUUCCCUCCCCACCCUCUCCCCUUUGUCCCUCGUUUUCCCUCCCCACCUCUCCCCUUUGUCCCUCGCUUUCCCUCCCCACCUCUCCCCUUUGUCCCUCGUUUUCCCUCCCCACCUCUCCCCUUUGUCCCUCGUUUUCCCUCCCCACCUCUCCCCUUUGUCCCUCGCUUUCCCUCCCCACCUCUCCCCUUUGUCCCUCGUUUUCCCUCCCCACCUCUCCCCUUUGUCCCUCGUUUUCCCUCCCCACCUCUCCCCUUUGUCCCUCGUUUUCCCUCCCCACCUCUCCCCUUUGUCCCUCGUUUUCCCUCCCCACCUCUCCCCUUUGUCCCUCGUUUUCCCUCCCCACCUCUCCCCUUUGUCCCUCGUUUUCCCUCCCCACCUCUCCACUUUGUCCCUCGUUUUCCCUCCCCACCUCUCCCCUUUGUCCCUCGUUUUCCCUCCCCACCUCUCCCCUUUGUCCCUCGUUUUCCCUCCCCACCCUCUCCCCUUUGUCCCUCGUUUUCCCUCCCCACCUCUCCCCUUUGUCCCUCGUUUUCCCUCCCCACCUCUCCCCUUUGUCCCUCGUUUUCCCUCCCCACCUCUCCCCUUUGUCCCUCGUUUUCCCUCCCCACCCUCUCCCCUUUGUCCCUCGUUUUCCCUCCCCACCUCUCCCCUUUGUCCCUCGUUUUCCCUCCCCACCCUCUCCCCUUUGUCCCUCGUUUUCCCUCCCCACCUCUCCCCUUUGUCCCUCGUUUUCCCUCCCCACCUCUCCCCUUUGUCCCUCGUUUUCCCUCCCCACCUCUCCCCUUUGUCCCUCGUUUUCCCUCCCCACCUCUCCCCUUUGUCCCUCGUUUUCCCUCCCCACCUCUCCCCUUUGUCCCUCGUUUUCCCUCCCCACCCUCUCCCCUUUGUCCCUCGUUUUCCCUCCCCACCUCUCCCCUUUGUCCCUCGUUUUCCCUCCCCACCUCUCCCCUUUGUCCCUCGUUUUCCCUCCCCACCUCUCCCCUUUGUCCCUCGUUUUCCCUCCCCACCUCUCCCCUUUGUCCCUCGUUUUCCCUCCCCACCCUCUUCUUCUUGUCCCACGCUUUCCCUCCCACUCCCACCCCUUCCUUCCUGCCAACAGGUAACUGACGACAUGGUGAGGCGAAUCGCUAUAGAUGCUCUCAGAGAUCCCCGCGAGGAGGAGGAAGAGGAGGAGGAGGAGAGGGGAGGAGGGAGUGGAGAGGAGGAGGAGACGGGGAAGAAGGUUAGUGGAGGGAAAUGGGUGACAGUGGGUGAAGGGGAGGAGGAAGAGAAGGAGGAGGAGGAGGUGGAGGAGAAAGGGGUCGAGCGGGAGAAGGAUGGGAACAGGCAUAUGGAGGAGGAGGAGAAGGGGGAUGGGAUAGCAGGUGAAGUCUCAGGUGAAAAACCAGGUGGGGCAGGUGCGGUUGAGGAAAACGGGAAGGUUGUGGCAGGGGGAGAGUCUGGGGGAAAGGGGGUGGUUGAGAUGAGUAAGGCAAUGAGUGGUGAGAGGAAGAGGAAGAGUAAGAAGAAGAAGAAACGGGCGGGAGCGGGAGGAGGGUUGUUGGGUGGAGGGCUGCUGGGGAUUGCUUAUGGGAGUGAUGAGGAUGAUGAUGAUGAUGACGAUGAGGAGGAGGAAGGGGAGGAGGAGGAAGAAGAAGAGGAAGAUGAGGAGAAAGAUGAGGAAGAAGAGGAGGAUACAGAAGAGAAGGAGGAGAGUGAGGUGGUAAGGGAUGCGAAGGAGAAAGGUGUUGAUGGUGGUGAAGGGGAUGGGAGUGCGGUGCAGAGGGAAGGAAGGGGGAGGGAGGAGCCAGUGCAUGCUGGUGCAUUGGAGGAGAGGCGGGAGGGGAAGGAUGGGGAAGAGAGGGAUGAAGAGGCGAAGAUAAGUGGCAUAGCGGAGGGAAGGCAGGAGGGAAGGGGAGAUGGGAGCAUGGGGCAGCAGGAGGGAGGGGAAGAGGUGCGCAGAGAGGGGGGUGAUGAGGGGGAGAGGGGGAGGAAAAGGAGCGGGGGCGAGAAUGAGGGGAUAGGAAGGGGGAAGAAGGUGGAGGAAGGGCGUGGGCGGGCGAGGGGAGAGGAGGAGGGAGGGGAGGAGGAAAGCAGGAAGGGAAAGACGAACAGGAGGAGUGAGGGGAAAGAUGAUAAGGAGAAGGAUGGGGAAAGUGAGGAGAGCGAGGGGAGGAAGAAAAAGAGGAGAGGGGAGCAUGAGAGGAAGGAGGGAAGUGAGAAUAGGCAUAGAGAAGAGAGAGAUAGGAAAGCGAAGAGGGAGGAUGAGGAAGAUGGGGAAGAGUCAGGGAGCAAGCACAAAAGCCGGGAGACAAGUGAGCCUGAGGGUAGGAAGAGGGCGAAAGAUAAGGAGAAGGAUAGAGAAAGGGAUAAAGAGAAGGAUGAUGGAAAAGAGAAGGAGAAGAGGAGUUCUAAGGGCGAGGAGAGGAGCAAAGAGAGGGAUGAGAGGAGGGGCAAGGAGAGGGAGAAGGAGAGGAGUGGUGAGAAGGAUGGGGACAGGGGGAAGGAGAGAGACAGGAAGGGGAAAGAGAGGAAGAGGGAUGGAGAUGAGGAGGGUAGUAGGGAUGAAAGCAGGGAGGAGGGUGGCAAGGAGAGGAAGGGAUCACAAGUUGAGAAGGAAAAGAAGGAGAAGGAGGAGAAGGAGAAGCGGAGGAGUAAGGAGAAGCGAGAUAGGAAAGACAAGUCUGAGAGCAGGAGUAAAGAGGAGAGCAAAGAGAAAAAAGGAAAAGCUGAUGAUAGUGACGACAGCAGCACUGAAGAGCGGGGCAAGCACGGGCGAUCGGAGAGAAAGAAAGAGGCAAGCAGGAAGGGCAGGCAUCGCAGCAAGUCGCGCUCGCGAUCCCGGUCCCCUCGACCCGAGCGCUCUUCCAGUGAUGGCGACGAGGAGGAGGAGGAUCGUGGCAGGCAUAGGAAGCAUGGGGGCAAGGACAAGGGGAGGGAGCGAGAGAGAGCAGAGAAGAGCGGCGAAAAGGAGGAGAGUAGGAGAGGGAGGGAGGAGAGGCGGGAGAAGGGAAGCAAGAGAGACAAGGAGAAGAGGAAGGAGAAGGAUGGGGGCAAGGGAGAGGGGCACGGGGAGCAGAGGAGGAGCAGGAGGAGGAGCCGCAGUCCCCCCUCUGGGCGGACUAGUCUGUCCUUCCUGUGCCGCCACUGCUUUCACGCAGAGCAGAGCUCGCUCCUCAGCAGGCCAGCUCCCCCAGACUGCGUGGUGGCACUUUCUCAGCACUUGCUCAGCCUAACAACCAACACCCCCCCCAUGCGCGGUGGCCUGUGGUCGGGUUUCCGGGUCUGCGGGUUCCCUUUCCCUCUCCCUCCCCCCACUUCUCUCUAUGGUUUCGAUCCUCCUCCCUGCAGGUACCGCUCUGAGCGAUAG